AUGUUCGUGAUCGCUUGCUUGCUGGCGUGCCUUUCCGCGGCGCACGCCCUGAGGGUCGGCGUCGGGAUCGCUGACGUCACAGGCCCGCCCGCCGAGAUCGGCUUUAUGGGUUACGCGAAUUUUGAGCAGGUCGGUCACGGCAUCCACCUGCGACAGUUCGCGAGGGCCUUCGUGCUUGCAGACGACGACGACGACAGUGACAACACGAGGAUCGUGUUCGUCUCCGUCGAUGCGGCCAUGAUGGGCAAUGGUGUUAGAAAAGAGGUCCUUAAACGCCUGCAAAAGCGUUUCGGUGAUUUGUACACCGACAACAAUGUGAUACUGAGUGGUACUCACACGCACUCAACCCCUGGCGGGUUCCUCAUGGACUUUCUCUUCGACCUCCCCAUACUUGGUUUCGUGAAGGAAACUUACCUCGCCUUAGUUACUGGGAUACUGAAGAGUAUAUUCAUCGCUCACAACAAUUUGAAGCCGGCCCGCAUGGAGUACAGCGAGGCAGAGUUACUCGAUGCCAACAUAAACCGGUCUCCUACUUCGUAUUUGCGGAACCCGCCCGAGGAGAGGGCCAAGUACAAAUAUGACGUAGACAAAACCCUGGCGCAGGUUCGUUUCCUCGGCAAAGAAAACAAUAUCAUCGGCGUCAUCAACUGGUUCGCCGUCCAUCCAACCAGUAUGAACAAUACAAACCGGCUCAUAUCCUCGGAUAACGUGGGUUACGCUUCCAUCCUGAUGGAGAAGGCUUUGAAUGGGAAUAGCACUUUACCAGGAAAGGGAAAUGUGGUAUGCGCGUUCGCGUCGACGAAUUUGGGCGACGUGUCUCCCAACACAAGGGGACCCCGUUGUGAGUUCUCUGGCCGGCCGUGUGACCAGGAGAAGAUGCUGUGCACUAUGCACAAGGAACGUUGUUUCGCGUCGGGCCCCGGCGUUGAUAUGUUCGACAGUACGCGCAUCAUCGCCACCAAGCUCUACAAUACCGCUAUGACAGUUCUGAACCAACCGGGAGAGGACCUGACCGGGCCGCUUGGGAUCGUACAUCAGUUCGUAGAGAUGCCGAAAGAAGUUGUCUCCCCGUAUGACCCUGUUUCAGAGACAUUUAAUUCGAGUGCUAAAGUAUCCGGCUGUCUUCCGGCUAUGGGAUAUAGUUUCGCAGCGGGCACAACGGACGGGCCGGGCGCGUUCGAUUUCACUCAGGGCACCACCACCUCAAACCCGCUCUGGAACGCAGUCAGGGACUUCAUUGCUGAACCCACCAAGGAGGAUAUCGAAUGCCACGCGCCUAAACCCAUCCUUUUAGCGACGGGAAGGGCGAAAUUUCCGUACGAGUGGCAACCCAAAGUGGUAUCUUGUGCGGUGGCGCGAGUGGGCGGGCUACUGGUGGCUGCUGUUCCUGGCGAAUUCACCACCAUGUCCGGCAGGAGACUGCGUAACGUGGUAGCACGCGCCGCAGCUGCUGCCUCUGCCACUGCCACUGCCAGCCGGGUCGUGCUGGCCGGACUCUCCAAUAUAUAUUCUGACUACAUCGCAACACCCGAGGAAUAUCAGGCACAACGGUAUGAAGCGGCAUCAACAAUUUUCGGCCCUCACACUCUGGACAUCUACCUCAAUAAAUAUGUGGAGCUUACGGAUGCCGUGAUGAAAGGUCAGCGUGUGGAUCCGGGUCCGAGCCCGCCAGACUUAAGCGAGCAGCUGAUCUCGCUGGUGCCGCCCGUGCUGUGGGACGCGGCGCCCUGGGGCAAGGAGUUCGGCGACUGCGUCAAGCAGCCGCAGAAGUAUUACAGCUACGGCGACGUCGUCACUGCUUCCUUUGUGUCGGGGCACCCGCGCAACAGCGCGCGCGCGGGCCGCUGGCUGGCGGCCGUGGAGCGCUUGGCCUCCGCGCCCGACGACGCCUGGACCACCGUCGCCACCGACGCCGACUGGGAGACCAAGUACAUCUGGCAACGGAACUCCAAAAUUCUUGGCACGAGCUACGCUGUGAUCGAAUGGGAGAUUCCCGUGGGAACCCCUCCGGGGACUUAUAGGAUACACCAUUACGGGAACUAUAAGUACAUCUUGGGCGGUAUUUAUCCUUACCAUGGAUUUAGUGACAGCUUUGAAGUCACCUAA